UGAAGAGAGUGAAGUGAGGACUUUGCUGCAGUGUCUGCCUUAUAUCUCACAGCUCAGCUGUGAUCCAGAGCUCUUCCAGAGUGUGUGCACAUCCAUGUCUGUAAGAUCCAGAGAGGAGGCCCAGCAGCUGGAGUCUCUGCUGCAGCUGCUGGGCUUCCAGCUGCUGCUAACAGGAGAGUUACACAGGAAAAGCUGCUGGUCUGUGGGGAGAGUUCUCAAACUGUGUGGCUCUAAAGUGGAUCUCAUCCUCACACCCAGCAAGAUGUCUGCCAGAGGAGGCGCUCUGCUCUUCAGACACACAACACAACUACACAGUCUGAGGCUUUCCAUCGACAUGUCCUUGCUGCUGUCUCAGUGGGUAAGAAGAGGCAGAGCGGCCUGUCGGCUAGCUGUUGAAGAGCUUUCUCUUGUGCCUAAGAAAGCCCGACCAUCACACAGAGUAUUGUUGAGGGCUGUCAGUAGUUUGGCUUCCCUGCUGAGAUACUGGACCGUUGGACGGUUAGACCUGACUGAGACCUGCAUCCCUGCUCAGGGUCUGAUUACACUGCUGCUCCAUGAUGGUCCCCUAACAGUCAAACUGAGUGAAGAGAGCUUCCAGCAGCUUCUGUCUCUCCUCCAUGAAACCCAGGACAAGGACUUGACGUUGUCCUUCUUGAGUAAGGUUGGUGGAGACCUGACCUCCUGCUGUCUGAGCUGGGAGCUUCUUCACUAUCUGCUGCAGCAGCCGUCAGCUCAGACCAUCACUGUGAACCUGAGGAAGAACCUGUUCUUACAGGAGGAAACCACACGUCUGCUUCCCUUUCUGGACAGGAUUGUGUUUAAAAGGCCCAGUCCCAGCUUUGUGAUGAGCUCCAUCAGAGAGCUCUACAGAGCUCACAGCAGUCACGCUGUACCCAGUUUGCUGAGGUCACUCGGUCAUGUGAUCAACCUGAGCUGCAGAAAGCUGGACUCAGUGGACUGUGCUGCUCUGAUCUUCGUCCUCAAACAUGGAGACGGAGUCAGACUGAACCUGCUGUGGACCUCCAUACCAGCAGGGGGAGUAGAGUCCAUCCUCCUCAUGCUGGACAACGUUUCUCAUCUCAGUGUUGACAGGAACCAGCUGCUGAGGUUCAUCCACUGCUGUGCUGCCUGUGACGUCCAGCAGGAGGCAGCGUCAGGCCUGCUGAGGACUCUGCGGCACAGCUUGGAUCUGUCCUGCUCCUCCUGUGUGGAGCUACCAGAGGAGGAUCAGACUGAGCCUCUGAGUCUGACUGCUGAUGACUGCAGGGCCGUCUCCACCAUCCUGACACACAGCAGCCGGGACACACAGCUGGACCUGCGGGACUGUGAGGUGGAGGACAGCGUGCUGGACCUGCUGUUUCCUGUCCUCCACAGGGUCCGCCUCAGAGUCAGUAAAACUGUCCUCCUCCAGCUGCUGUCUCUGGUUCCUGUGAACAGUGAGAGGGACACAGUGAGGCGGGCGGUGUCCCUGUGUACAGCCCUGGGUGGAGAGCUGGAUCUCAGUCACAGCAAGCUGGAUCAGAGGGUCUGUGGGGCUUUGGUCCAGAUGCUGGACUCAUGUGAAGGGCUGACAGAGCUGGACCUCAGUCACUGUCAGCUCACUGACCAGCUGCUGCUCCCUCUCAUCACACAUCUGCACAAAGUCCAAGUCCUAGAUCUGAGUCACAAUCAGAUCACUGAUGCUUCGACUGAUGUGUUACUCCAGCUGCUCUCCAUCAACCCCUCCAUCCACUCUGUGCGACUCUUCAGCAACAACAUCGUGCACAGAGCAGCCUUCAAGAAACACACGCAGUUUGAGAUCUGGUGAAGCGCUCGCCAUCAUCACCAUCGUCAUUAUCAUCAUGGUCGUCAUCAUCAUCAUCAGAGCAGCCUUCAAGAAACACACGCAGUUUGAGAUCUGGUGAAGCGCUCGCCAUCAUCUUUAUCAUUGUCGUCAUGGUCGUCAUCAUCAGGGAGAUGUAGUUUUAUGGUCUCAGUAAAAACUCUCGCAAUUGCUUCAUACUAAUCUGUAAUAUACAAGAGCAAUAAUAGGUCAGUGUAGUAAGCGUUAAUAACUACUUUAGAGUAUUUUCUUUUUCAUGUCAUAAUUAAAAUGCUUUGUUUUAUUUAUUUGUGUAGAAACAAGCACAUCUCAUGUUUCUGCUAAUUUUUAUUUUAUGGAGAUCUGAAGCCAUCUAGUGGUCAUCCCAAUAUUUACACAUCAGGUUGUAUUAUUGUGAUUAAAAUAUUUUCAAUUAGUGCAAAAACAAAAUGAGGCUGUAACAGUUUUAUUGUACAGUUGUGAGAAGGCUUUGUUUAUUUUUGGUACUUUUGCAAUAACCGUACUGAUUUUUGUGUACUCGCACACAAAUGUUGAUUCCACGAAAUACAAACAGAUACUGAAAAGUGUAACAGCUGAAUUGUUUAUUGAACGAAUAAUGAACAAGUUCUCACAAUCAUCUCUUCCCGAUGGAAUGUCAUAUAUAAGUAAUAACAAAAAAAUAAAAGCCGGUCUGAAAAUUUCUUUCUGAGAACACUGCCCAUCAGGAAAGUGCAUAGCGCUAUUGUAAUCAUACUGGUGUACUUGCUAACAAAUGUUGACUCCACAAAAUGCAAUACAAUAAUAUUUGUAAACAUAACUGUCCAGCUGUCCAGUGAUUAAUAGCAGGACCUCACAGCAGAAGCAUAAUGUGUUGUACAUGUAUUUUUCAUUUAUUGUAUUUAACAACAUCAAGACGUCACAAGCAAGCAGCACAUUAAAGACGUGCAGUGUUUUCAGAAAGACAUUUUUUAGACCGGCUGUUAUUUUGUUACUACAGAUAUGUGAAAUGUCCUGUUAUGGUUUAUUAUACAAAUCAUUUAAACAUUAUAGUCCAUUGUAAAGAGGUGAUUGUGAGAACUUGUUCAAUAUUUGUUUAAUAAAAGAUUCAGCUGUUGCAUACGUUAUACAUGAUGUAAACAUAACCAUGAAACUAGCCUCAUAGCAUAUUUCAAUAACCCAGUAAAGUCCAGAAAGAUAGAAAGAAUGGGUCGAAGACCAAGUGCCAUGACACAGAAAGUUAAAUCUUUUUACAAAAAUCCUCUUCCUGCUCUGCAGUCGGUCGGCUCUUCCUCCUUCAUUCUCCUCAGGAAGUUCACUGUGAUCUUCACAAAUGCCUCUCUGCUGCUGCUCCUCUGCUCAUCAUCCUCCCACUCUGGGUAAUCUGGACUCUGAACCUUUUGAAUCUUCUUCAGCUCAUUCUUCACAAAAGUGAUGAUGUUGUCCUCCAGCAGCUGAAGCAGAAUAAUUUAUGAAUGAGCCAAUCAGACUGAAAUCACAGAGCCAAACAUCUGAUCUAUGUUGGACACACUGAAAAUCCACUGGUCUACAAAGAGCAGCAUGGAGAUGAAUGUGAACAGAAUAGAUGUAAAGUAGUUGUUGUACAUGUACAGACCAUAAAUAUGGAGUCCAGCUGUGUUUGAUGCUGCUGGGCAGACUGACCACUGGGAACCUCUGAGCACUCCUGUUGCUGUUUGCUGUCUGUGGAGGAAUAAUAAAAAAUUAGCUCAAUCACAAA